AUGCGAAGUAAGAAGAAUGAUAGAAAGGGAAGCGAAGGAUCGUUGCCAGCUGCGUCACCGCCGGGCCCCGUCUUGCCCUGCGCGGCAGACGCGGAAGCGGAGGCCAUGAGGGAUACGAUGGAUCUCACAAUGGUUGGUCGCUACAAGUGCUACGCCAAAUAUGUGCCCCACGUCGCCUCGUGGCGCUUUCGUGAUCAAAGGCAGGAACGUCUCACGCGGCGUUCCGCCUUGCUGCGAGGAAGUGAAUAUUAUAAAAAGGCGGGAACCCGCAUUUCCUGCCAAAUAUCUUGGUGGACGUCUUACUUCUCGUAUCGGUGUGGACCCCGUUGGCGCGCGCAGCCACCGUUUGGUUUUCCCAUGAUGACAGGACCCAGGCGCUCCUUCCAGGUCCUUGUGCGGCGGUAUCCCGUGGUGGCGGUGUGUAUCUGGCUGUUCCUCUUUCUUUGUGAGACGGCGAUGGUCAUACUGUACAUCAUGCAGACAGCGCAGCUUGAUACAGUGACCUGGGUGAACUAUAGCAGGAAGAAUUUUGAUUGGUAUGCGACGGUUCAGACCAUUCUGUCCCUUGUACUUCUCUCACAGCUCGUCGUCGCCCACUCCGUGAGCACCUUCACCAUCAUUGUCGUACUCGGGACGUCAGGUUAUAGAAUCAUCACCUACUUUGUAGCCCUUGUGAGUGGGCUGGGGUGGGUAAGCCGCAUGUACGUGCCCCUCUUUCUGCGCUGCUGGGCAAUGCGACAGUACUUCCUCUUUCUACUAGACUCCUUCGCGAUGCUCACGCCGCGUAAUCAUCGACUGGAUGUCAUCCGCCUCGCCGCUGGUCCACUAAGUUUUUUCUUUGCCCUUCUAUUUACGUUUGGCUGCAUCUUUCACAUCUAUAAUGCCUUGCUUGGACACAGUCUUGGAAUUUGGAAUGCCCUCUACUGGGUUGUGGUGACGGCUUCCACCGUUGGCUUUGGCGACAUCGUUCCGUCCGGGUUGGAUGGUCGUGCCCUGGCCUUGGUGUUUGUGUUAACCUUCCUCGCCACCAUACCCACGUGGGUCUUAUUGGCGAUAUCAACGCUGCGCAUUCUGCGUGAGUUUCCGCGCUACAAGGGGAGGAAACGUCAGUUCUUUGUAUACGGGCAAGUUAGCUACGAGGACGCCGUCUCGAUCCUUGAAGAGGUCCUGACACUUUACCCCAUGAAGGUGGUUUGCUUCUGUUACAGCAGUUUCUCACCGGAGGUGCUCGCCAUUGGGCGUCACCCGCGCUACCGAAUGCGCAGCAGCUUCUACCAGGUGCGGUUGCUUGAUCGACGCAUGAUGGAGCGGCUGCAGAUAUCAGAGGCGUCCGCCAUCAUCAUUCUCCCCGGCGCUGAAACCGAUUCUAGCAACAUCGAUGCAGACGUCAUGCUGUGGUCCAUUACCUUUCAACGCCACGCUCCACACGUGCCACAGUUCUUGCGCCUACGCCUCGCCUUUCAUGCAAAGCUGCUUGGCGGGCAUAGAAGGUGUAUCUUUGACCAGAAUAACAAAUUUAUCAUGUCCACGGCGCUACUCCUCCCCGGGAUCCUGCCGUUUCUUGUGAACUUAGUGCGCGUCGCCUCCGCCUCCGGUACCUCACCGCCCGAUUUAUGGGACGAACGUUCGCAGGAUAACUGGAAGAGCCUGUACGAGUACAGCCGCCGCAACAACUUUGCAACAUGUCCCGUGCCGUGGUACUUUGUGCGCCUCUCCCUCUCCCGCGUUGUGCGGCUUUUGAAAAUGCAUGACGUGCUCGUCGUGGGUGUAGAGGAGGCAGCCCGCAAUGUCAUGCGACUGGACCUGCGGUACAUUCUUGAGCAGGGCGAUACUUUGCUUGUGCUGCACGAAGGGAAUCUUAGAGGCCUAGCGGAGGUGCUGUUGAGACUAGACCCGGACAUGGCUGGCGCGACCCAACCAUUUGACAGUAGCACGUUCGCCAACAAUAACUCCUUUGAGUCCAAUCCACACGGGGACUCUGUUUACAUGUCAAGGCAGGACUUACUUGAGCUCGAGCUGGAUUCCCCAAGCGCGGAGAUGAGUGACGUCAAGCUCUAUUAUCCCUUCAACACGAGCUCUGAGCUGUGUGGCGAGGGAGGGGGGAUGACGCCUUUGCAGCAGUGCAACACAGUCUCGCCAGUGGGACGUGAAUGUGCGCAAGACAAACCAGGUCCCUCGUCAGCGUUUUGUGAGUCACGAUAUUCCGAUGCACAGGUGUGGGAGUUGCGAUGGCAGCUGCUGCAACAACCGUUUGUUGACCAGCAUCCAAACGGUGUUUCUCUGAAGGAGCUUCCAUUAGGCGGUUCCAUGGCGGUGUUGAGGGAGUUGUUGGGGUACCAUCGAGCGGCAGUGGCACAUGCGUCGGGCACAAUGGAGGAGGCCAUUUCACGGCUUGAACAACAGGUGAAUGACGUUCUUGCGCAUAUCGCCUUGGAGUACCUUGGCCGCAUUGAAAAGGAGGAUGGGGUGGAGAAUUUUCUAUUCCUUGACCAGGUUUCGUCCUUUUGCCAGCCGGCGCAGUCCUCGCUGUACGAAAAGUACCUCGAUGAGGUCAUCUCCAAGUACGAACUUGUGCGGAUGAUGCAGAGCAUACAAUCUAUCUACCCCAACUCUCGGUUGACACUUCUCACUUCGCGGAAGCUCUCAAACGAUUUUUUGUUGUGGUGGAAACUGAACUUUGGCUUCUCGCUGUGCUACAUCCGUGGGCUGAGCACGUCGGAGUCCCACCUGGACUACGCCAUUCAGCGAAGCGGGGGUCGCUUGAGGCUGCGUGGAAUUCUGCUCUACUGCUCGCAGCUUGGACGCUGGGAUUUCUCCGACAUCCCACUUAUCACGGUGGAGAAUAAUGUCACGAACUUAAUGGAUUUGGGCUCGCAAGUUGAGCUGCAGGGGGUGGGCGGACGGUAUUCGCAGCUGACGCGCCUCUUUGAACAGAAUUUGGUGGUGGAGCUGAAGUCGUUCGUCUCCUGCAUUUCUGUCAUUCCGUACCAUACCGACCCGGCGUGGCGCCGGCGCGGCGAGGAACAGUUUCAAGACUCUCUGGCUUUCAUGAUGGGCCGGUGCUUUUCACCCAACAUGCUGCAGACGAUUUUUAUCCACGCCCACCGCGAUCACCGCAUCAUGCAGUUUUUUGAGAUGGUGCUUUGCCAGCAGGGGAACGACGACCUCUACGACCCCGCCCUGUGGUCGAGCUACAGUAAUACCUCCACAACGCGCUUCAAGGUGUGCGGCAAUCAGCUGCUGCACUUUCGGACCUUUGGCGACGCCUUCUCUUUCCUGCUCUCGCGGCACUCGUGGAUAACCAUCGGGGUGUUUCGCCGGUUUCCCGCCUCCGAGAAGCUGCCGGGGGUGGCGCGGUACUUCAUCACGAACCCCCCGUUGAGGAUGCCACUGCGUCCCGACGACGUCAUGUACGCUCUCUCGGCCUCGUCCCACGUGUACAACCGGGUGAACGUCUAG